GUUUCACUUUGGAAAUUGUUUUGAUACAAUUGAGAUUGCUGAAAACCUAAAUUACAAAAUCUUGUGUACAUUGGAAGCUGGUGUGUUAUGCUUUUCUUGGGGCCUCAAGAUUCUUUGGUUCAUCUUUGAGUCUUUGAAGCUCUUUGCUUUGUCUAGGGUAUGA